AUGGCGCCGGUUCAGAAGCGCAAGCGCGAGUCUGAUCAAAGCACAAUCCCAGUGCAGAUGACAUUCAAGCGUCCGAUGUAUACAUCAUCCGGUAUCGACAAUGCUUUCACCCCACAAGAACCCGACAACCCAUUUCGGUUCCACGAUGUGCCUCGAGAAAUGCGAGACAACAUCUACUCGAAGGCGCUCGAGCACGACACCGUGUACCUAUCACGGUUCAGCAAGGACAAGACGCUCCUCACCGACUACCGUCUCGUGGGAGCGAACAAACAGAUACGCCACGAGUUCCUCAACGCCAUGAUAAUGUCGGCUCCGGUCAUCCAGACACGAGUGCGCAACUUCAACUUCAGCAGUCUCAUCUCGUUCUUGAACAGGCUGUCUGACGAAGAACUCUACAAGCUCACGACAGACACCAAGUAUGGGACUCGGGUCAUGAAGAUCCAACUCGAGUCCCACAUCCCAGGAGCAGGAGGUCGCAGCCCUAGCAACAGCCUGCAGCGGUGGCUGAAUCGGGCUGACGAGCCGACGAAGAAGGGCGUAAAUGUCGAGUUUCAGUACGAGUGGCUGGAUGAUCCGGAGGACACUAUCUAUGUCGCCGUUGCAGCUCCUGGACCAAAGCGCCAGCAUCACUGGAGGAAGACUGCAGCGGCGGCUGGCGAGGGGUUGAUGAAUGUGGAUCCCUUCGACUUAUGA